AUCCAGACGUAUCCAAAAAGACUCCAGCUUCUUUCUGCUGUCUGCAAUGUGCGAUGUAGAAAGGAGGUUUUUAACGAGAUUUGUUUGAGGUAUCAUUGAUGGGAAACCGACUGGCGGCCUUCGUGGGCCGGCCAGUAAGGGACUUCAAUAUUGAGAACCGCGUAGAACGCGCCAUCGGCGUCGAGAAGCCGAAGGCUGCACCACGGCAUCCGAGCGACGCUAAGUACGAACGCACCAAGGCUACUACCGACACGAGCGCGGUAAAAGAAAAACGGGAGGACCUGUUGAAGCGCCUGCGGAGCGUCAAGGUGGUGUCAUCCUCACAGGCUUUUGCUGCCUUUUGGACGAAAACUGCCCAUCAGCCAUACGGUGGACGUACGGUUCACCUAUGCACUGCCAACCCAGCUUUGGAUCUAUCACGCGAAGUGCCGUUAGCUGAAGCAUUUUCAUCGCUGGACAAUGGAUACGGCAAUGCUCCCUGGGACGCUAGCGUUGACGAUUUCGUUGGUGGCUGUUACGUGUGUGGAAUACCAUGUGAUCCAGAACUGGCGUAUAUAUCAGUGCGACAUCUUUACUGCGUGGGAAUGGGAGCCGGCACGCUUGCCGACAUGAAGCUAAUGCUAUUCCUACUCUUGCAGGUGCAAGGGACUGUACCUCUUAAAUUGGAUCGGCCACUGCCACAGAGCCGAGCUGUGCCACUGAUUCAGAAGUACGGCUACUUUGAGCCAGCCACAAUACCACGGGGACGGCUGACGCUGCGUCAGGCAACACAGAUGCUGGCCGAUGUGAAGAUGGACCCGGGGACAUUCACGGCAGAGGCAGUGGCUGUGCAGUACAGCCUCGACGUGCGGGAUGUGCGCGAAGUGCUGCAUUACUUCAGCAUCUUCCGUGUGCACUCGAUUCAUUUGGCCCAGCGAGACCUCACCAGCAUUGAUGACGUCAAAUCCGAGCUGCUCUCAUCAAGGCAAGACUCGCAGGAAGGACAAAUAAGUGAUGCGCAGAAUGAUGACACUGAGAAAAAGAAAGUCUAGUUGAGUGUGCAAGGAGAGCGAAACAUGGGAAAUAAGAACGCUGCUACAGCUGUCGAUGCAUGGAGUGCUUGAUGAAAAUUCUAAAGGCAACCGUUGCAAGUACAUGAACAUUUUCAUGCAAUGUAAGAACGCUCCUAAGCUGGAAAAGCGAUAGGACCCCAACUUAGCAUACUGGCGGGUCGUAGGUACACCUAAAAAUUGGCGAGUAAUUUUAUCCCCCAACUGUAUUAACUAAUUAUAAAGGAUCCUUAUACUCCCUAGUCUGGCAAACCAUCUGCGGCAUCGCUAGGCUGUAAAUACGGUUGGUACAUUCAGCAAUAUAUCUCGACUUUGAAGUGUACAAAAUAAAUAAAUAGAAGCAGCAAUCUUCUUUUUCUUUUUCUU